UUGCUCGAGAGCGCUCGUGUCUGCUGUUGUUCGUGUCUUCGAAGUGAAUUAUAAUUAUGUCUAAAGUGCGUUUUAGUUAUUUCAGAUUUCAGUCUCAAUUCAGCUUUGAUUCACGUAUUCGGAGAAAAGCAAUUAUGAAUUAGAUAAAUAUUUCUUUGUACAGACUGUAGUGUUAGCAUUAGUACGCCGUUCAUUCAAAUUUCAUUUGUAUCUCAUCUGAAAAUUUACCUAAAUUUGCUGUUACCAUCCGCGAAUUACGUAAGUUGUUUGUGACAAUGGAUUUUCGUCUCCCGUUGUUGAAAAAUCGUGACAUAACCUAACAUUCCUUCGCGGAUUAGCAGAGCAGCCAUGUUGCGUUUGCCUGAGGCCUGCAGAUGUCGAGUGACAGUGUCAGUUAUUUUGAGACAAGGGAUUGUCGGACGGCGGAUGACUUAUCGUCAGAUUAUACGAGACAAUUUUUGUUUGUUUGUUUAUUUAAUGACUGUGAGUUAGGAGGUUGGAUUAUUUACCCUCGAACGACAAUGCAAUAACGAAAAGUGAAUUGGUGAAGGAUGUGGAAGGAUCGAUUGCAGUUGAUAAGAACUGUGGAUCUCCAAAAGAGUCACAGGUUUGUGAUGGCCACUUCAACUGAAACAAACGAAGUCUUAAUCAUCAGCGGUUUCUGCGCUGUUGUACGGCGAAUUCAAUAAACCGGUUGAUAUCCGAGGCAGAGCCAAACCACGGCGAAAUCGAAGUUCGACGUACCGACACGGGCAAAAUGUGUUUCCCGCCCGUCGGCUGUGGGACGGCGGCCCGAGGAAGGUCCCACAUGUGGCCUAAUAGCCUCACAGCUGGGUGCAACCCGGAUGGCGAGCUCGCGUUCCCGCCUUUCAGCAGCCCCUGCGGGUCAGGGUCGACGGCCAGCAUGGCGUACCUCAAGUCGGCGCAGUACUCGGUCAACGGCAUCGGACUCGCCAUGCCGAGCAUGGACCCCCUUCACUCGGGGAUCGGCUAUCCAGCAGGUAAUCCGCGAAAGCAGCGUCGGGAGAGGACGACGUUCACCAGGGCGCAGCUGGACGUCCUGGAGGCCUUGUUCGCCAAGACGCGAUACCCGGACAUCUUCAUGAGGGAGGAGGUGGCCCUCAAAAUUAACCUCCCAGAAUCCAGGGUCCAGGUAUGGUUCAAGAACCGACGCGCCAAAUGUCGCCAGCAGCAGAAGCAGCAUCAGCAACAGCAGCAGCAGCAGCAGAACGGCGGCGAGAAGAACUACGGCGCCUAUUACACCAACAUGGACUACCUGAGCCCCGCAGCCACUGCCAUGUCGCACUCGCAACUCAACGUUCCGGUAAGGACGGGGACCCCGGUAGCCGUCAUCAAACUAAGUGCAUCAAGGUCACGGAAGGACUUGGUCGCUGUGCUGGAAGUUACCAGCGCAGCGUUGCCAGCUUCUGCUCGCCGCCACAUCUGGGCUGAGUUCCUUCGCCUGGUCUUCGAUAUUCGAGUUGCAACGUUGUACGAUUUUACUGUGACCUUGAAGCAUGCAGUUUGGUGGCGGCUGUCGGAGUUACAGUCCUGCAAACAUUUAGUUCUCCCUCUUAUCAGUGCUGGCUGCCUCAAAACAGGAUUGGCUGAGGACCAGUUGUUGCCAUUUGAAACAAGUUUGGAUACAACUUGGGCAAAGAGCAGAGAAGAGUCUUGGUUCUAUAAUUCAUCUGGAUGGGAUCGGAAGUGAAUAAGUGAACCGAUCUUUGCUUCAAAGCUGCAGAAAUGCCAAGGUACAAAUUAUCUGCUUUUCUCUUCUCGUGAUGAUCAUUCUACACAACGUUGCUGCAUAUCAACAAUCGACUGAAACUUGCACUCACGACAGUGGGCUUACAACAGAAACUAAUUAAUUACACACGUAUUAUCUGAAGUUUACAGCAAUUAACAUUACUAAAAUCUUCUCAGCCUAUCAGUCAUGUCAGUUGGUUAGAAAUUACAGGUGUUUUGGGAGCCAUCUCUGUCGCCAUCACGGACCUUAUGAAGGGGACAGAGAUGGUCCUUGAACUGUCAGUGAUUUUUAAGCAAGUGACAUGUCUGAUCACCUCAAAAGAUUUUGUUACUUUAUAUAAAAUAUAAUUAUAUAUUAACUUCAUAAUCGUUAACUCAGGCCAAAGAAGGGGGGGAGGGGGAAGCAGCGUUGUCUUUACAGUUCCUAGACUUGCAGCCAUCAUUUUGAAAGAAGUCACAUUGCCACCAAAUAUUUAAAGAAAAUGGAUUCAGUAAUAUUAAACACUAUUUAAUUUAAUGUGACUGUAUGUAGUCGAUGCCAACAAUUUUCUGAUUCUUCAAGAUUAAGAAAUCAGAUGAACUGCAACAUACAAAGAGCGUCCUCACAGCCCAGUGAGUAAUGAUUUCAUUCCUGGCUGUGGUAUUACAAUUCUUUUUAUUUUUGUACUAAUAACCAAUAUCCACUCAAUUUUUGUUCUGUGGUUGCCAGCAAGGGAAAAGUUGGAGCUUCAAACUGACCAUCACCACACCCUCACAUCUCCACUAAAGAACGGGACACUUUUAUAUGAUCAAAAGUAAACCUGCACAUAUCAACAACUUCUCAGCAGAGCUUGUAUUUCGCGCCCUAACUCUUUUCUGCGUGUUGGCCUCUUCACCCUAGCUGAAAAGUUUAUUUUCAAGAACUUACUUCAUCUCGGUAUUAAAAAAUACACAGCGACAGUUUCUUUUGUGAGCCCACAAAUUUGAAAAAUAAACAUCACGGUUGUUGGCGACUUCAAAAGUGCUGGACAGCCUGUUUAGGGACAGAUGGAGCCUCAUGACGUCUUACAGCCUUAUUCACAAUACAGCAUUCGGUAGUUGUGCCAAACAUGUUAACUUUGAAGACGGUGGUGUUUCGUGCAAAGGUGAACGAAGGUGUGAGGACAUGUUUUGAAAGGAGGAUUGUCCUGCUUCAAAUAGUGGUACGGGAUGAAUCUAUAAAUUUGUUUGAAUAUCAAAUAUUAUUUUAAUUAUUUGUUGUUAAUGUUUUAUCUAGUUGUGCCCAGUUUAUAAAAUGAAAAUUUGGUACUGAUAUAAAUGUGUAUAAAGUAUCAGAAUGGAUAUGAAUGAAGACAAUUAAGAUAAGUUACGUAUAAAUCGGUAUGUGUACGUAUAGAGGGUAACCAAACUACAUAUAGAAAAAUCAAAUAAGGACACGCUGUAUCAUUCAGUAAUUAUGCCAAACAAGUGUGUUUUAUGUCAUAAUACCUCAGACUGCCCAAUUAUUAAAUAUGUAGGUAAUUACAUGAUUUUAUUAUGUAAAUCUUAUAAUAUAGGCCUAUUAUUACACAAAAUAUCAAGAUUAAGCCAGGUAGGUAAAUGUUCUGUGAUUCAACUGAAACAGUUGACUUUUUACAUCGAUUUUAAGUGUGUAUAAUGCCCAUGAGUGAAAUCUAAUCCACGAAGUUAAAAAUGGUAAUCAGGUUAGACUGUUUAUGUGUCUCCAGAAUUAUUUGCAUUUUUGCUCAGUAAAACGAUGAAUCUUCUGUUUCUGUCCUACAUCGUGUAAGUACAGUGUAACCAAAUGUAAUAUAUGAACUGUAAUGUAAAAUAAUAAUAAUAAUAAUUUGUCAGCAGAUUCAGUCAUGGAA